AUGAACCUGACAGAGUUUAAUCAGUCUGAUCGCUGUGAGCAUUUCUCCUGUCCAGAGAGAUCUGUAUCUCCUGCAGUUUAUAUCUUACUGUACGUGUGUUCAGCUGCUGUGGUUCUGCUAACAGUGUGUGGAAAUCUGCUGGUCAUCAUCUCUGUUCUUCACUUCAAGCAGCUUCACACACCAACCAACAUGCUGGUGCUCUCUCUGGCUGUGACAGAUUUCUUUAUUGGUGCUUUAGUGAUGCCGAUGAUGAUUAUCUGGAUAAAUGAGUCAUGUUGGAUUUUUGGAACAGAUUUCUGCAUGUGUGUUAUGAUGACUGCCUCCUUCCUGAUGACCUUAUCCAUAUAUCAUAUUGUUCUGAUUGCUGUGGAUCGCUAUUUGGCUCUCUCAAACCCAUUUUUCUACAUGAACAAAGUCUCUGUGAGGAUCACUCGUGUUGUAAUUAUUUUUAACUGGUGUGUGGUGGUGGCCUAUAACUUAGCACUUUUUUAUUUCAAUGGAAACCUCAUGAGCUCUUUCAUGUGUCCUGGAGAAUGUUUUCUCUCUCUGAAUGUGUUUUGGUCUGUAAUUGAUCUCAUAUAUUCAUUUAUAUUUCCACUUUCUGUCAUAAUCAUAUUGUAUACUCUAGUGUUUGUGAUUGCUAAGAAACAUGCCACUGCUAUCAGAGAGCUUAAUAAUCACACACAACCUAAAACACAGAAAAUCACCUCACACUCCAUGAAAUCUGAGAGAAAAGCAGCUAAAGUCCUCGGCAUUUUAGUGUCUGUGUUUCUGGUGUGUUUACUUCCAUAUUUUAUUUACAGUUUAUUAGGGAAUGUUAUUGUAGUACAGAUAGAAUCUAUUCAGAAUUUUCUGAUCAUCAUUUGUCUUAAUUCCACCAUUAAUCCAGUUAUUUAUGCUCUGUUUUACCCGUGGUUUAGGAGGUUUGUUAAAUUAAUUAUAACUCUGCAAAUAUUUCAGACAGACUCUGCAUUAAUCAGUGUUCUUUUUUAA